CCCAUGCGGUGGUGGUGGUGACCCGCCGGGUUCACCCACCGGAACCAGGCCUCUCCGAGCCGUCGCCGCUCGUGCACGGUCGGUUAAGGGGCGUUUGCGUACUCCCGCGACACCAGGAAAUAUGGCGGCGCUCAUGACUCUCAGUCAGUUAACAAAUGGAAGCCCAGCCUAUGAGGGCUAUUACAGACAGCUGGAUCCAGGAAACACAGGCAAAGUAUCGGCUGGAGAUGCAGCUCAGUUCCUUAAGAAGUCUGGGCUGUCAGACAGUACAUUGGGGAAGAUUUGGGAUUUGGCCGAUUCGGAAAGAAAAGGCUAUUUGGAUAAACGGGGUUUCUUCGUUGCCCUGAGACUUGUGGCCUCUGCACAGGGUGGAAAUGACAUCAGCCUUAACAACCUCAACCAAAACUUAGCUGCCCCCAAAUUUAAAGACACCAACAGCCCAUUAUUAAAUAUUUCAACAACGGGACAUGAUUCACAGUGGGCCAUAAGGCCUGAUGAAAAAGGGAAGUUUGAAGGCAUUUUUGAGAGUCUGUGCCCUGUCAAUGGUCUACUCCCCGGCGAUAAAGUCAGGCCAGUUUUGAUCAACUCCAAGCUACCUCUGGAUGCGUUAGGAAAGAUCUGGGACCUAAGUGAUGUGGACAAAGAUGGCCAGUUGGACAAAGAUGAAUUCACAGUGGCCAUGCAUCUUGUGUAUCGUGCCAUGGAGAAUGAGCCUCUCCCAGCAACCUUACCCACAUCCCUCAUCCCCCCUUCUAAAAGGAAAAAGUCUGCAGGUGCGCUGCCAGGUGCUGUGCCUGUGCUGCCUGCUCUGUCCGGUUUCAUGGCUGUCGCAGCUCCUCUCAAAGAUUCCCUGCGAAGCACUCCUCCUCUGGGCAGAGCCAGCCCCCUCAUGACCAGUGCCGUCCACCUGUCUCCAAAACACUCCUUUAAGUCCAGCUCACCGCCAGAGGUAAACUGGGUGGUACCGUUGGCUGACAGGGGACGAUACGAUGAGAUCUUCAAGAACACCGACAGCGACAAUGACGGCCUCGUUAAUGGAACUGAAGUCAUAGAGAUCUUCAUGCAGUCCAGUCUCUCCCAGACCAUGCUGGCACAGAUAUGGGGACUCGCCGACACUAAACAGACGGGGAAGCUGAACCGGGAGCAGUUCUCUCUGGCCAUGUACCUGAUCCAGCAGAAGGUCAUUAAAGGCAUUGACCCCCCUUCCACCCUAACCACAGACAUGAUCCCCCCAUCGGAAAGGACUGCAACUUCAGGGGCGGGCAAUAGCUAUGCGGGGCUAAUGUCAGCUGGGAGGCCUGACCUUGCUACACUGGCUAAUAUGCGCAGAGAUAGCACCAGCUCCACGGGGUCGGUCGAGCUGACAGGCAUCAAAGAGCUGGAUGACCUCAGCCAGGAAAUAGCUCAGCUGCAGAGAGAGAAAUUCAUUCUGGAACAAGAGAUCAGGGAAAAUGAGGAAGCCAUCAGACAGCAAAAUAGUGAAGUUCAGGACAUGCAGAAUGGACUGGACAGGGAGAGCAGCAGCCUGCAGGAACUGGAUUCUCAGAAGCAGGAUGCGCAGGAGCGUCUGGGGGAGAUGGACCAGCAGCGCUCAAAACUGGAGGGGAUGCUCAACGACGUCAAGCAGAAGUGCCAGGAAGAGACCCAGAUGAUCGCGUCCCUGCAAAGCCAGAUUCGCUCCCAGGAGAGCGACCAUCGAAGCCAGGAGGAUGAAAUGAGCCGCACCAAGAUGGACCUUAGCCGGCUGCAGGAGGAAGAGGCCAUGCUCGAGCAGAGCCUGCUCUCUGGUCGGGUUCAACUAGACAGCAUCACUAAAUCACUCAAGACCACUCAGGAAGAGAUCAACCAGGCUCGCAGUAAGCUGUCGCUGAUCCAGGACAACCAGAAGGAGGUGACUAAGAACAUAGAGCAGUACAACAGCGCUCUGAGCGAGAUCAACGGAGGAAACUUCAACAACCUUCCCGACUUAAGUGAAGGCUUUGCUGAGAAGGAGAAUGGGGGUUUCAGAAGUGUGGAUGGCUCUUUAAAGUCAAGGAUAGCCAUGUUCAACAACAGCACUGCUAAGGAGCCUCCCGCAGACCCCUUCCAAACAGAGGACCCCUUCAAGUCCGACCCCUUCCAAGAUCCAUUUGGAGCAGAUCCUUUCAAAGAAAGCGACCCCUUCAAAGGCACCUCAUCGGAAGAUUUUUUCAAGAGAACAGACAAGUCGAACUUGUUUGGAUCCUCGGACCCCUUCGGUAGAAAGCCCACACCACCAGCCAAGCCAAGUGCCCUCAGCAGUGACUCCUUUACAUCAAACAGCCCAAAACCAGAUGUUUUUGGGCCGGCUGAUCCCUUUGGAGGCAACUCUUUUGGAAGCAAAGGGAGUGGAUUUGCAGACUUUAGUCAAAUGUCAAAGAAGUCAGACAACCCUGUCCUCCCAUCAAAGAAAAAUGUGCCUAACCGGCCUGCACCUCCCUAUGGAUCUGAAUGUAUCAAGUUUGGAAAUGAGAGCCAGCAGCUGGAGUGGGUGAAGCGGGAGAGCGAGCGUGAGGAGCAGGAGAGACUGCGGCGGCUGCGGCUGCAGGAGCAGCAGGACCUGGAGCUGGCCAUCGCUCUCAGCAGGGCCGACAUACCUAACGCCUGAAACAUCCAUCCUCCACCAUGUCUUUCUGUCCUCCCUCUUCUGCCUUACAGUCUUCUGACCACAUGACAACAGCUGCAACACUGGCCCGACGUGACUCGCAGCCUGUUACCAAUUUGUGUAAGAGACAAGUGCUUCUGCAGCCAUGACUGGACUCUAGUCAAACGACUCCACAUUUAGCGACCAGUUAUGGUUCAUUGCUCCCAAACUACAUGGCAACUAUAAUCAAGGACAUUUAGGGAGCCACUUGAUUUAAGCCCCUGCAACAACAUAGCGAUUUAACGCAACCCCGAACCAGCAUGAUAGUACACUAUAUCUAGCUCCAUAUCUUGCUACGGCCUUAUCCCAAUACCAUUCUGUUGCAAAAAAAGUAACCUUUAAAGGAGUAUUUUACUGUUUUAUUUAUAAACGAAAGCAUUGAAUCUGGCGUAUGAAGUCCUUGUAAAAUGCACUGUAAAAACUGUUUUAUAUAACCUCGGAGAAAAAAAUGCAAAUCAAACCAGAUAUGACAACCAAUCUGUUAGUCUAUGAUUGCGUUUGUCCAAUUUACAUUUUUUUUUAUAGAAACUCCUUCAUGUGCUGUUAUUACUGUUAGCUGAUGGUUUCAUAUGCAAGCCGUGAAACAGUCCAUCUUUAGAAACCAUGUCGUAAAGGUCUGUAACUUGGUGAUCAGAUCAUUAAUCGCAUGCUUUAGGUUUUUAUUUCAAAUGUUAUGAGUCUUGCCUUUUUAUAUGCCUGCAUAUGGAAUAUUUAUGGCCUUUUUAAAGUAAGGGUUAAAAUCGUUUUGAAUAUUUAAACGAGGAUCAAACUAAAAAAUAAGAUGUUAGAGAAUCAAAGCCUUGGUUGAAAUAUGAUUUAACCCCGUAUCAUUGGUAGCCUCUUGCAUCUAAAAUUAUUAAGACACUUAUGAUAAUCAUAGAGGUCUUCCUUUCCUAUGAACACAGUUCAUUUGUCGUGCAUCGCUGUUGCACCCUCCCUCUGAUGUCAACAGCUUGUGCUUGUGGGAAGGUUUAUCAUUGGUUGCCUUGUUACGCCCAAACAACAUGCACUCCCAUACAACUAAAAACCUCUAUAAAAUGGAAGUAGUGUAAACCUACAUUGCUUGUACUGGUGCUGUUACAUUUAGUUCUACCCAUUUUUAAUUCUUCACACUACCACUGAUACACAGUGACAUCUGCUUUCAAUGUUUUGCUAUCUCUCACACUCAAAUCAACAAAUGGAUCUUUUUUUCUGUGGAUUUUUUUCUCUACAUUCAUGUCUUAUGAUCCGGUCGGAGGACAUUAGUUUAGAUGACUUAAAAUAUUGCAUUCUUGUAAUUAUAUUACACUAAUCAGGUUUAUUUGGCACAUAAUGUACGCACUGUGUAUUCCAGAGCUUACAUGCAGAGUGGCAUCGCCUUAUUUAUCAAUGUUGUAACGUGUAACAUUGCACAGUAUGUUUGUGAUUAUAUAUAAAAAAUUCUCUGUUAAACUUUAAA